AUGGACCGACAGCGAGAGCGGGAGCAGAAGCUCAGGCGCUUGGAUGCAUUCAAGCGGAGGGUUCCUCGCACGUCGGCCUCCGCGCUGAGCGCCAUCCUGGAGGAGUGCGUCUACGACGUGCCAGAGGUCAGGAACCGCAACGCCAUUAGGGGGGCGCGGGACCUCAUCAUGCGCGGCAGCGGCGAGCACGGGGCGUUGCUCGCGAAGCUGCCCAUGGAGCGCGGCGACGGCUCGUCGGGAGGCGAGAUGGCGGUGGUGAACCCGUUCGCCUUCCUCAACGAGGCGCGCGCUGCGGGCGGCGGCUUCGCGAAGGCCACGCAGCGCAUCAUUGCAUCGCGGCCUCCAUCCAUGGACGAGCCGUGGGACCUUGUGAUCUACGCCGACGAGGUUGCCCCAGGCAGCCAGCUGUCAGGCCACAACCAGCGCAAGUGCUGGGUUGCGCACAUGCCCUUCAUGCAGCUCGGGUCGCUUCUGACGGACGAAGACGCGUGGAUAUGCCUUGCGUGUGAGCGGUCUGAUAGAGUGAAGAACUACGGCGGUGGCGUCGCGCAGGUCUUCGGAGCUUUGCUCAAGAUGCUGUUCAACGCCAGUGACCACAGUUUCGACGCGGGACUCACCAUGAUAUUGCAGGAUGGCGGUACUCACAAGCAGGUCUUCUGCGUGAAGGGCGAUGCUGGACUGAAGGCAUGCGCUCUCUGCAAGAACCUGUAUUCGCAGAGCAGCGGGAUCGCUGGCGAGGACGGGGAGGACAUGUUGUCGUGUACCAUCACCGUCGGCUCCGCCAUGGACUUCGCGACGGACGAGGAGCUGCGAGGCGGCGUCGAGAGGUUGGCGGUCGUCGCUGCGACAAGGCCGCGGGAGCUCAAGCUUCGAGAGAUGACUGCAGGCAUGAACCACUGCAGGUUCAACCUGCUGCUGGAGAGGGACUUGCGCAACGUCGUGAAGCCCGUGAGCUGUUUCGCUCACGAUUGGAUGCACACGUUCGUCGUGCACGGCGCGUGGAACACGACGCUGUACCUUCUGGUGAAGAGCUUGCUGGAUCAGAAGGCGCGCGCCCCUGCUGCGAUCCACGACCUGCUACGACAGUGGAAUCUUCCACAAAAGAUGGGCACGAAGACUGACGCCCUCGUCGGCGUCUUCUCGCCGUCCAGGUGGAAAGCGCGCCUCAAGGCCAAGUACGUGAAGUGCACUGCGUCGGAAGCGAUCUCUAUGCACAGCAUGAUCGCGCACUUCGUGCGGAACGUGUGGCUGAGGGCAGGUAUUUGCACCAAGGAGUGCGAGGCGUACCUUGCGUGCUCGCCCAUCAUGGACCUCUUGAUUGCCGUGCCGCACGGCAAGGUGACAUCGCGGGAGCUCAGGGUCCAGGUGGACAAGUUCUUGCAGGCGUGCUUGGACGCAGGGCGGGGCGCGCAUCUGCACCCGAAGUUCCACUGGACCUUGCAUCUGGUCAUCGAGCACAAGAGCUCCGCUAAUAUGUGGCGCAUGCGCCAUGUACUGGCGGACCGCGAUGCAGCGAUCGGCCGGUGCCAUAAUUGCCCCAGGUUUUCGGGGGGCAUGCGCAACACAGCUUCCAUGGAGAAGAGCUCACUGUCCGAGGUGACGUGCAAGCACUUGCACGAUCUGCGCGUGCACGACAAAUUCGAUGCCAGCGUCAAGCUGCAGGACCCGAAGUCAGCCAAGGACAAGGUGGCAGAAUUCAUAGUCUCCGAGCUGGGUCUCCCACGGGCUCGGAAGAACACGUGCAUGACUGCGAAGUCUGCCAGGGUGUCCGAGUUCGAGGUCGUUCACACCAGUGAUGUAGUAAUUAAGACGCCCGAGCGAGGGGCCCCUGUGCUAGGGCAGGUUUGGUUUACGGCCUCAGUGGUCGACGAGCUGUGCGCUCUGGUUGCGAUUUUUCCCGUAACCGAUGCAGGCAAUGGCUUCGCAUCGGGGCGCCCUUCAGGAUCAACGUGCCUAUGCCCGUUGUCAGACAUCCUGGGGGCGGUGCCGUAUAGGAAGCGCACGGGCGGGCACGUGGAUGCCCUCGUGCCCGUGGCGCACCGCUGGGCUAUCUGA